AUCUUCAUCCACCUCAUUCCUUUUUGUUUCCCUUCAGCUUGAAUGUUUUCUCUCGCCCACAUGUUUCCAACUAUCUCUUUUGUUUUCUGUCCCAUGUGUGCCUGUGUAUCUCCUUCUGUUCUCAGUGUAGGAGGGACAACCAGGGCUGGACAUGUGUGUUUCUAAUAGGCCUUUCAGAUAAAAUUGUCUGUUUCCUGUGUACUGUGGGGCUGAGAGUGGGCUGUGAUUUGUAGAGGCAGUCUGUGUAAGCAGAGGCCCUCCUGUUAGUAUAUGUGAGCUUUGCAGUACAACAGACCACAACCUAUGAGAAGAGGACAACAAUGUCUGACUGAUGUGGUCCGUUUUGAAACUUUCAUUUCUACCCGAGGAUGGACAAGGAUGGCAGGAAGCAAACAACCUUUGUCUCAACUUUCCGGUUGGCCCUUAAGCCUCAGGCUAGACCGUUCUGCGUUAAGAGGCAGAAAGAGGAUGGACUGGACACCACUGACAGGGCGCUGCUGGGAAACAACAAAUGUGAAGUCUUAUCUUCAACAGACUCCAGACUUCAACCUGUCCAGGCGCUGGGAAAGCCUCACUACAAACAACCACUCAGCGACUGCAUAGUCUGUGAAGGAAGUGAUGCUACUUUUCAAGGUGUUAUCACAGGAAGUCUGCCUCUCAGAGUUUCCUGGCAAAACAAUGCAUCAACAGGAAAGCCCAGAGUGAGCAACCAUGAGCUGCACAGUGAAGAUAAUGUAAAGGAUGCAUCAUCUGAAAACAACAUCUUGUCCUUGGCCUCUGAGGUGAAAAGCCAACAAAAAGAAGAAGAAAAGGCACACACACCUGUUAGCCCACCUGCUUCCUCAGUCUCCACAGACAUCAGAGACACCCACACUGAAAGAGUUUCAUCUAGCAAAGUGCCUCCUGUGGAGUUUUUGAACCCACCAGAUCAGGUGGAGGUUCGAUUAGGAGAGCAGGCCCGGCUACACUGUGAGUUCAGGAGCAGCUCUGUCCCCGUGGCCUGCUGCUGGAUUUUCAACAAAGACAAGGUGGUGGUAGGAGGGCUGAAGCAGUCUGUGAUGAGCAGUGAGACACAGAGCAGUAUGGAGGUCUUCAAGGUCUGCCCUGAAGACACAGGCUCAUACACCGUCAUAGUACGGAACAGAGAAGGCUCUGCCCAGCAUACAGUUUCUCUUAGUGUCAUAGAUCGGCCCGAACCCCCUGCAUCCCAACCUGUUGUUUCCCAGCUCUCCACUCAAUCCCUGGUCCUGUCCUGGACGGGUCCCAGUUACGACGGCGGCACGGCCGUGUUGGGCUACAUCGUGGAGGUCAGACAAGAGGAGGGUCUGACUGAGCCUGGGAGCUGGACUGAAGUAACAAGCCAUUGUAAAAACACAUCCUACCACGUCCGCUCGGGCCUGGAGCCUUUUGGGCAGUACCGCUUUCGUGUCAGGGCGUACAACUCAGCAGGGGUUGGCGAGCCAAGCCAGGAGUCUGAGUGUAUAAAAAUGGAAACUGCAAAGCAAAAAAAGCAAGAGCCUGAGUCGUUCAUCACCGUGACGAUUGAUACCAAACACAAGGUCAAGGAUCACUACAAUGUGCACGAGAAGCUGGGAGUUGGGAAGUUCGGCCAGGUGUUCCGGUUGUCCCACAAAGAGACGAGUCAGGAGUGCGCAGGGAAGUUCUACCGAGCCCGGAGGUCGAAGGAGAGGGAUGCAGCUCGCAAAGAGAUCGAACUAAUGAACUUUCUUCAUCACCCGAAACUGGUCCAGUGUCUGGCUGCCUAUGAGACAUGCUCGGAGAUGGUCAUGGUCAUGGAGUAUAUUGCAGGUGGGGAGCUCUUUGAACGUAUCGUGGAUGAAGCCUUUGAGCACACAGAGCCCACCAGUGCCCGCUACAUGCAGCAGAUCCUGGAGGGCAUGCAGUACGUUCACAAGCAGAACAUCGUCCAUCUGGACCUCAAACCGGAGAACAUCGUCUGCGUGGACACAACUGGCACACAGAUCAAGAUCAUUGACUUUGGCUUAGCUAGUAAACUGGAGGAGGGUAACCCUCUGAGGGUGAUGCAUGGCACGCCGGAGUUUGUGGCCCCUGAGGUGAUCAACUAUGAGCCUGUGGGCCUGGAGAGCGACAUGUGGAGCAUUGGAGUCAUCUGCUUCAUUUUGCUCAGUGGAGAGUCACCCUUCCAGGGAAACAGCGAUGCUGAGACUUUAGCUCAUGUGACCGCUGCCUGCUAUGAGUUUGACCAGGAGAGUUUCGAAGACAUCUCUGAUCAAGCUAAAGACUUCAUCAGCUCCCUGCUGAAAAAGGACAAGAGGUGCAGGUUGUCAUCUACCGAAGCCCUCGCCCACCCUUGGAUGGUCUCAUUUACCCCUCUGACCCGCACACCAACCAAAUCCCUCAAAAAGGGGAAGAUGAAACGCUUCCUGGCCAGACGCAAAUGGAAGAAAACUGGAAAGGCUGUUUUGGCCCUACAGCGCAUGGCUAACCUCUCCAACAGGCCAGACUCCCCUGGCAGCUCUUCAGAGGAGCCAGGCUGGAGCCAAGAGGCAGAGGAGGCCAUCCAGUCGCUGGACAAGCAGCUUCAGAGUGAACCUCGCUUCCAGCAGGCCCUGAAGGACAUCGCCCUUCCCAAAGGAGCGACUGCUCAUCUAACAUGCAUUCUCAAUGGAUACCCACAGCCAGAGGUGAAGUGGCUUCAGAACGAGAAGCCGGUGCCUGAAUCCAGCAGAGUGACCAUGGAGCAACAUGAAGGGCUCUGUUCUCUGGUUUUGGCUGAUCUGGAGCCUUCAGACUCUGGGGUUUAUGUGUGCAGGGCCAGCAACAAGCUGGGGGAAGCAAUGUGCUCUGCCAAGCUGAAAGUUGAAGAAACAAUUAGUAUUCCCUUCAUUUAAGGAGAAGUAGACUUGCUUCAUAGAGCCUGGACUUUUAUGGUGUCACAGAGGCACAGUUCAUUCACUGCCACACAAAAGGCAAACAGGGUGUGUUGUGUUCAUUCACCAUUAAGAGGACAAUAAGAUUUGGACACGCAUACCCAGAGCCCUUAGUUUCACAACUCACCUUAACUAGCACUUAAUCUGUAUUCUUUUCAAUGUGCUGAACACGUUGCCCAAGGUUUUAUACUACUUGUAUUAAAGUUAUGUUAAAUGCUGCCGUAGCUAAGUGCAGCCAAAUUCACAACACCGGUGUUCGUGUAAGGUCAAAUGUACGUUUUGCACAUUUUAGAUACAUGGUAAUGUUUUGAUGAUAUUGCAAUUAAAGGCUAAAUACUUUCUUAAAA